CUCAAAAAAAAUCACAUGACCUGUCAUAUGAUUUCGGGUUGCAGCUUCGUAGUGCUGUAUCCAAUUAAAGCUUUCGAUUGUGAGGUGACUAUAUUUAAGGAAAUAAAAAAAAUGAUUGCGAAACUGGUUGCCGCUAGCCUGUUCAUUGGAGUGUGUGGAGCUAUCAGCUAUCGAUGGCCUGAGACUGGAGAACCCUGUGUCAUGAUUGAUUUUGAUUCACUCAACAGACUUUGGUGGGAGAACACAAACAGGACUAUUCAUGUCAGUUCCUUUGGAUCUAAGAAAAUCGGUGACUGGAAUUUUGACAACACAACAGUGAUUAAUGGUGGCUGUAAUGAAACUGCUUUUCUCACCAUUGAAUGGUCGGUGGAUAACGCCACCUAUAACUGGACCUUCAUUCAGAGUGACCGCGGAGUGGACGUACAGAUGGCUCUAGCAUUUGUACCUGACAGGGUAUUCAUCAAUCAAAGCGCAAGCAAUGAGACAGUUGUGAUGUCGAUGACAAUGAGGACAACCAUGGGGAUGAACACUUCAUACAGGUGUGACGACACUCGCCGCUACAAAGCCAUGGUCUCUGAUGCUACAGGCAGAUAUUUCCUGGCCAUGCACUUCAGGAAUGUUAGGAUGCAGGCCUUUGGGCUUCAGAACGGCACAUACUCUACCAAUGUGAGUCGUUGUGAGGAUGUUCCUGCCCCAAACCAGCACCCCAAGGGCACAUGGAGAGUAACAGAAGACAACAAAACCUGCAUCCUGCUCACAGCACAGAUCAUGCUCUCUCUGCCUUAUGACAAGCUGGGAGCACAGGGCAAGACUAUGUCCCAGAUUGGUAUCCAGAGCCCAGUGGUCAGUGGCAGCUGUGCCCAGAACAGCAGCUUCAUCCAGCUCUCAGACUCUGACAGCUCCCUCAACAUCACAAUCACUUUCUCUCAGAAAGACAACAAAGUCAACUGGGAGACUGUGGAGAUCAGAGCAGCAUUGGAUGAUGAUAGGAUCUUCCCAGAUGCUGCCAAUCCGUUUGGUACGUUCAGUUCCGUCAACAACAGCAUGGGUACCAACCUGCAGACCACAGUGAGUGGCUCCUACUUCUGUAACUCAGACACCAAGUUCACACUGAAGGAGGGCGCAACUCUUGAGCUGUGGACCUUGCAGUAUGCAGCCUUCCAAGGCAAUAUCUCACAGUUCAGCAAAGACGGUGUUAACGUGUGCAAAGCUGAUGUGAAGACAAACAGCAUUGUACCAAUAGCAGUAGGAGCCGCCCUGGCUGGCCUGGUUGUCAUAGUGCUCAUUGCCUACCUAAUUGGUCGCCGUAGAAACAGGAAGGGAUACGAGUCUGUGUAGGUUGUCACCAACGCAUUGCAACAGAAAGAACAAAAAUGAUGAAGAUAUAGCCAUCUUUCUAUCUACAUGGCAAUGAAUGUCAAAUAUUGUUUAUAUUUGUUACAAUUUUGAAAUUAUGUUGAACAACUUUUUGGUAUUUUAUGGUAUUUUUUUUAAUAAAAGCACCUAACAUUGAA